CAACACUACUAUAUAACAAAUAAUUUGAGCCAACCUGAAGAUGAAAUUUCUACUCCUAUUGGCCAUUCUCCCUCUGUCAUACCAAGACAUUACAGAGAAGCAACAGGAAUUUUGCACUCGCAAUGACAAUGGUGACAUCUGGAAAUACGAUUUAACUUCUCUUGGUUUGGUUGAUAAGCCGUUCAUGGUAUCAGACACCAAGUGGACCUAUCACAUAGCACUCUGUGGGGAGACAAAUAUUGAGAUAAGUCAAGAUAUGAAAGGAGAUGCCAUCCUUCAAACUAACAAGGACGAGACUCACAUUGUCGGCACCAAGAUUUCUGCCCGACAUGGCGGAGAGAACUGGGUGAACUUAAUCCUGGGAGCAGGGGACAACUACAAUCAUCAUUGUAACGGCACACAGCGUAAAGCUCAGAUCAUGUUCAUUUGCGACCCCUCUGCUGGACAGGGAAAACCCUCCAUUUUGGAUGAAGCUAACUCUGAUGUAGAUUUCUGUUUCUAUAUGUUCGAGUGGCCCACGAGUUUGGUUUGUCCUAAGAACGCUAAGGGAAGUGGCAGAGGAAUGAGCGUCUUCAAUCUCUUGCUUGUUGAAUUUGUGGUAAUAGUGAUAGUGUACUUUGUUAUCGGAGUGGGAUACAAGAGGUAUGUGGUGGGAGCACGAGGGUACGAACAGCUUCCUAACCUCGCAUUCUGGAAAAAUUGUAAAGAAGGAAUGGUAGCUACAGUUGAAAAAUGUAAAGGCGGAUCCAGCUCAGGAAUUGGUGGAGUAAGAAGUGAUAUCAUAACAACACCAAGUACCGGCACACUCAACAUGAACAUUAAUGACGAUGAUGAGCGACUCAUAAUGUAAAAACCAUUUAGUGAACCCUCAAAGUGGCUGAAAGAGAAUUAUAAUCCCGUGGCGAAGAAGCAUGGUUGCAAAAGUGGCUGUUUUCAAUCCAAGCGGUUUAUAAGAACUGUUUAUAAUGCUCCCUACUGAGUUAACAGGGAUGAUGAAGAUGGAGGUUCAGUAGAUUUUGUUGGUGCCGUGUAAAGUCAGGUGAGCAUGCUCGCUGGCUGUGCUCAGUAUAGAAAUAUAAGAGAUGCCCCAUGGUAUUAAGAUAUUCAUGUUACGAUCAAGUCUGGAUUUAAGUUUUACCAAACUUUUAAUAUCGUAGCUUUGUAGGAUUGUUAAUUUAAAACAAUAUGUUGAAAUAUUUGCUGUUUAAAUAAUGUUUCUGAAAGCUUCUGCACGGAAUAUGACUGACUUAUUGGCUCAUUAUAAAAUUUUAGUGCAUUUUCUUUGGAUUAGUAAUAAAUAUAUUAUAUAUAUAUUCUGUGUGUAUAUGUAUAUUUCAGAAAAAGAUGUUAGUCGAAGAAUUAUCGUUUUUCAUCAUAGAUAACAGGGUUAAAAUAUUUGGGAUUGAGCGUUUUUGUUUUUUCAAAGUUGUUCAUCGAUGCCGAUUUUUAAGUUUUUAUUUUAAUUUCUUUGUAUCGAUCGCGAUAAUAGAUAUUUACCGCGUACUUUCAAAUGGGAGCUAUUUCUUCUUGGGGAGAUGUCGAUUUAUAUAACGUUUUUGUGAAAUAUGAUGAAUGAUGAAUGGCUCUCCAGUGCAAUAAUUUUUGCGCAGCAAAAUUUUUGGAACUUAUUUAUUUAUUUGUACAACGUUAUUCUUGAGACCUCACAUUGGUU